AUGUUCAGCGGACAAAUUCUGCUUAUCAAAGUGACGGUUGAGCAACACCAAUAUGGACAGAAUCUACUGUCUUAUCGUGAUUGGUGCAUUCUGGGUAAUGGCACUAGCAGAACCAGAGCCCAUCCUCCACUGUCUGUUGUGUAGAAAUGUGAAGAAUGGUACAGAUCCGUGUGUUUACCUGUCAGAAUGUUCCAGUGAGUGCUAUGAAGCUACAACAACGUCGACAGAUGGCGCUGUAGUUAGGAAUUAUGGAUGUGCUCCGAGACAAACUUGCAUGGCGCCAUCCGCUCCGGUGGGGAGACGGGCAGCUGCACUGGGUUCUCAGACGACAUUCUGCAAGAAAGAAUUGUGUAAUGCAGACGUCAGUCGCUUUCAGGAACCGUCCACAGACCCCUGUGUUGAUGCUUCACCCACGGAAUGCAGUGACCCGGCACAACUGACAACCAUGUGUAGCGAUUGCGAGUACGCGCAGUAUUGUAGGAAAUCCUGUGGGAUAUGCCAAAACAACGCACAUAGUGGUGUUUGGUACGAGAAUGUAGUUCUCUUUGAUUACGACCCAGUACACAAAACCUGUCGUCACAGCGCAUCUGUCGACGCCUCCAUCUGUAGAAGCAUCACCCAGCAGGCUCAUCUCGUGGUCCCAGUGAUGGAAAACAACACCACACUUAAUACGGCUCAUGCUAAACAUGAUUACCUCAUUCUUGCUUACCAUACCAGUUACAUUAACCUGCACUUCAGAACAAACGGGGAGCCCAUUACUAAUGUUCAACUGAGCGCAUGUCAAACGACCGGACAUGGAAGAGUCGACAUCUUGCUGAAUAACAAUGCAAUAACCCAGUCAUAUACCGGCACUGACGUAUGGAAUUUAAGAUGGCAAAUUCACAAACUGAACACACACAAUUUGAAUAACGUCAGGGACUUUGACUUGCGAAUCCAAAAGGACAGCGUGACGCAUAGUUACGGCCAUUACUGGAUAAGCCGCAUCCGAGCGGAGAGUGUCAUUACCCACCAUGUUCAUUGAAGAUACCUGUUAACAGUAAUAAAAUGAAGUCCAUGAAUUGGUA